AUGGGUAAGAGAAAGUCGUCGCGCAAAGUAGUUAAAAAGGAGAGACCCAAGCUGGACACGACAUUCGACUGCCUGUUCUGCAACCACGAAAAGUCUAUCCACGCGGCGAUCAACCAUUUGAGUGCUGCGAUUGACGUGUACAGCGAGUGGAUCGAUGCGUGCGAGGAGGCUAAGCUGAGAGAGCUUGGCGAGACUGCGGAUGGCGAGUAUCGGGAUGAGCAGCCGCGUCAACAAGUGAAUAGACAGCAACAGUCUGGGUAUGCCGAUGACGAUGAUGCUGAAGACUAUUACGGACGCAGCGGGGCUGGUGUGUACGAGCGGGACGAGCACGGUGUUCCAGGCCAGCUGAGCGACGAGUCCGACUUGGAGGACUUUUAG